AUGACUUCGACUCAGGCGUCCCGCCCGCCCCGCGCACAACUAGCGGAGAUAUGUCCAUUGGCCAGCGAGCUGUAUGGCUCCACCCGUAAAUCAACAUCGCCAGUGAACCAGGCAGCGAACGAGCUGGGCUUACUCCUAUCGAUAUUGAGCUGUACAAGGACACACUGCUCUUCACAUGACACAGCAAACACAGAGCUGGGUCUAUCAGAUGCGCUUGAUCGGUGUCUUGUUGUCUUGAGGGACUUGCAGGUGGCGCAGAAGAGCGUCAGUGGGGUUGAAACGGAGCAUCAGAUCAUGGAUCUUCGGGCUCGAUUGAGUUCUUUGAUUUCUGAACUUAGUAUUAUGAAUGCUAAUAUGGAGACGUCAUCCCAAGAUAAUGUCAAUAAGGCUACCAGGACAUUUAUUGAAGAGAUUCAUGCUGGAAAGCGAGAUUCUUCAAUCGUUUCUAGAGUCCUCGAUACUACGUGUACGCUUCCACUUUCUGAAAAAGACGAAGCAUGGCGAGAACUACAAAAAGGAUUCGAAGAGCUUGGUAUCGCGCCGGAAUCAUCGAUGGAAGAUCGCGACUUGAUCAGUACAGCGCUUGAGAGAGCCGUCCGAGAGGAAGGUCUAUUGAAGAAUAGAAAGAGAAGAGCGCCAUCUCAGGUUAUAAAACCAAUACAACAAACUAAAAAUAGUCCCCCGGUGCCCCGGACGAGAAGCGAUCACAACAGAACAACACCUCCACGCUCUUCUCCAGAUGAUUUCCCUAUCCCCAAGUCUUCCGAUAGAAACUACAUGUUGAGUUCCAACAGAGACAGGAGGCCAUCAUCCCAAGCACACUCAGAUGCAUUCCCUAUACCACUAUCCAGCGAAAGUCACACCCAAGACGCCGACAAACACAUCUUACCAAGAGAAGACUUCCCAAUCCCCGUCCUCUCAGCAACAUACUUCCCCAGCAGCGACACAAAUAAAGAAGCCUUACUACCCAACAUACCCGAAAGUUUCCCAAUCCCCGUCGCAACAGAGCCAGAGCCUACCAUCAGCACCACAGACAGCCGCACGCUCGAGUCUCGUUCAGACGGCAGUUCCUCAACAGGAAACACCUCAGUCUCAGUAUCAGGAAUCAAGCUCCUCCGAGGAAAAAGACCGAGCAUAAUGCGAAAAAUGAAAUACAAACUAACAACCAGCAAAGAGGAAUUCAUCGCCCUAAUAGAAAGCGGAGGAUUAUAUCCCGUGAAAAACGCCCUAGACAAAGGCGCAGAAGUCGACACGAUGGAUUUGAAGAGCCAAACAGCACUGAUGGUAGCCGUCCGCGCUGGACACGACCAUAUAGCCGACCUACUACUUGAAUACGGAGCCGUCACAACACGCCAGUCAACACUAGGCGAAACGGCACUAAGUAUAGCCGCCUCAAAAGGAUACGAAGGCAUUGUCCGAAUAUUACUCAUACGCGGUGCACCGGUGGAUCAAUCGAAAGACACAGGGAAGACGGCGCUAUCCCAAGCUGCAGAGGGCGGACAUGAGAAUGUCGUACGGUUACUUUUCAAUGCUGGAGCCGAUAUCAAUGGAUUUUGUCAUACGGGCGAUACGGCUUUAUCCCAGGCUUCUCAGAAUGGGCAUCUGGAUAUUGUUCGGUAUCUGUUAGAUAACGGGGCACUGGUCGACCAUACUGCUUAUCCACGGCGGACGGCAUUAUACAAGGCUGUUGAACAUAAGAGGCUAGAGGUGGUGAGGGUAUUACUGGAACGGGGAGCAGAUCCUCUUCGUCCUGAAUCUAUUAAAGGGUGGACGCCGACGUUUCUUGCAAGUAUGCAGGGCCAGUCUGAGAUAUUGGAUCUGCUUAAUCAACGUGGGAAUGCUGUUCUUUAUGAACAGUACUGA